AUGAACUUGUAUUGGACGAAAAAACAGGUGAACAAAAUACCAGAUGACAUCAUAGUUGCAAAUGACGACGAUACAGAUUCAGAAAUCGAUGAAAAUCAAGCUGAGAAUGACGAUUUUUUAGAGCAACGUUACCCACCUGUACUCGAUAGCGACAUUGAAAUUGAAUCAGACACAGAAAUUGGUGCUACAUUCAAUUAUGUUGCCUCUGGCACUGGUGAAUGGAGAAUGGCAACGGAGGAAGACGGCGAUAUAUUUACUAUUCCAGUUUUUGAACACGAACCUGGACCAACUUUCGAACUGCCUUCAUAUGCUCGUGAGGUGGAAUAUUUCUACAAAUUUAUCCCACCAGAACUGAUAGAACUGGCUUCCAUCGAGACCAAUAAAUACGCCAAAUAUCAUCAAAAACACAUUGCAAAAAAAUUAAAUGCCCGCUGGCGUAAUACAAAUUUCAGUGAAAUGCAAGCAUUCUUUGGUGUGAUGAUAUGUAUGGGUGUUGAUCACAAAUCAGCAAUCGACGAUUAUUGGUCGAGUGACCCCUUUCUGCAGAAUAUGGGAAUUGCGUCAGUAAUGACUCAGGCCAGAUUUCAAAUGCUAAUGCGUUAUUUUCAUUUAGCUGAUCCAGUUAAUGACCCACGGCGGGAUCCUGACAUUGAACGUCGUCGUCAACAAUCGGAGGCUGACCCGUUGUAUAAAAUCAACCCGUGGCUGAAACCCGUACUCGAAAAUUGUCAGCGAUACUACCAGAUGGGACAGGAAAUUUCGAUUGAUGAGGGUAUGAUUAGAUUCAAGGGACGGUCCAAGUUUAAGCAGAGAUUGCCCCACAAACCCGACCGUGAUGGCUUCAAAAUAUGGCAGGUGUGCGACUCGACAACGUCCUACAUUGCAAACUUUGAACCAUAUUUGGGGAUGAAAUAUAAAACUACAAUUGAGGGGAGAAGGAAAGAAACUGGGACAAUCAAGAAGACAACACACUGGUUGCUACAGCCCUUCACAGAAAAAAACCAUAUUCUUUUCUGUGAUUCGCUUUUUACGUCAGUUAACACAGCCCUUGAAUUACAAGACAAAAAAGUGUACAUGGUCAGUAGUUUUAGCAGACGAAACCGGAAAACCAUGCCUCUGCAAUUAAUUCCUGAGAGAAAAAGCAAGAAGCUGAAAUUGAAAAUUGGUGAAAUGAAAGCAGCAACUAGACCGAACGACACUAUCAAUAUUACUGCAUACCAGGAUGACAGCGCGCAAAUAUUGAUUUUAAAUACAGUCUAUCCCCCACAGGCUACGUCGGCAGAAGCAGUAGAUGACGAGAGACGCGUGCCUGUAUAG